CAUCUCCUCGUUCUUGCUCUGUUAGGUUUCGAUUAUCCCCUGGGUGGACGGGAUUUCUUGAGGCAAACUUCACUGUGGAAGUUCACCCUCCAAGAAUCCUAGAAAAGGGGAUAAUCGAAACCCUAACAGAGCAAGAACGAGGAGAAGGCUACGGAAAGGAAGGAGAAGGCGGUGAUCGCUAAGAGUCUGGGGAGGCGUCUGCCGGCGGAACUGGUGGCUCGGGAGAUCAGAGGGCGGGCCAAACUCCAGCACCCGGUGGAUGUCCUCCCAAUGGCAGAGGGCCUCAUGACGAUCAGGUUCGGGACCGGAGAGGAGCAGGCGACGGUGCUGGCGACUGGCCCGUGGGUGGUGGCGGACCAGCUUCUGGCAAUGGAGGAGUGGCAGGCUGAUUUCACCCCGGGAACCCAGACGGUGAGCCGGACAAUGGUCUGGGUCCGGCUACCGGGUCUCCCCCUGGAAUACUGGGAUAGGGCCGCUAUCUUCGAGAUCGUGGCGGCGGCGGGGCGGCCGGUGGAGCUCGACGGCGUCUCCAACGAGUGGCGGCGGAUCGGGUACGCCCGGGUGCGGGUGGAGGUCGACGCCGUGACACGAAUAUAGCAGAAAACCGCGGCAAAAAUUGCAGUUGCAAGCCCAGCAAGUAUAAUUUCUCCACCAGCAAUCGACUUAUCAAA